ACGCAAUUAAUUUUCCCUUUAACGAUGGGUAACUGCAUCAGGAGCGUAUUAAGGAAGCUGAAAAGGAACCGCGGCACGGAAAAGACGAUUAUCCUGCUUAUUGUUGGGUUAGAUAAUGCUGGAAAGUCCUUUGUACUGAAUCACAUUAGUGGAGAUCCAGAUAGGAAUGUACUGCCUACAAUGGGAUUCCGGACAGUGUCUUUAAAACAUAACUCAUAUUCAGUGAAGAUAUAUGACCUCGGUGGCAGUUCUCAGAUUAGAGCAUUGUGGCCUAAAUAUUACAAUGAUAUACAUGGUCUUAUAUAUGUGGUGGAUGCUAGUGAUAUUUCCCGUCUUGCAGAAAAUAAAGUCGUGUUUAACGAAUUAAUAACACACGAGCAUAUUUCAACGAAACCAUUAUUAUUACUUGCAAACAAACAGGAUCUGAAUGGAGCUAUCGAUGAGUUAGAUCUGGUUGAAAAUUUGAAUGUGGAACAGGCAGCCAAUGCUAUGAAAUGUCCAACAAGAGUAGAAACGUGUUCCUGUGUUUAUGAUAAGGAACAAUCAAAGAGUAAUACUAUGGGCAUAAGAAAUGGAUAUAAAUGGCUGUUGGAUACCAUAAUAAAGAAUUAUACUGCUCUGAAUAACAGAAUCAAACAGCCACAAAGUUGUCAACGUGUUCGGAAAUCCCAGUCUGUUGCAUCAAAUACACCAUCAAAAAUUUCUAUACACUCAAAUCCAUUUAAACCCAUUAGAGAUCUCUUGGCAUCAAAGGAUGAAUGUCUGAUAAGUGAAUCGUGCAAUGGUACAAAGAGUAAUGAAAGGAGAAGCAUUCUAAAAGCUUUUAUACGAAGAAAUAAGACUGCCCCUCUUCCAGAUGAACAAUCGACUAUUGAAUGUGAAAAUCUCUCGCGAAAUUUUACACCUAGUGUGGAAACUCUCGCUGGAGAGAAAAGCACACAAACUAUGACUACAAUAUUAGAUCCCUUAAAUUUAAAUACUGAUUAUAAUAGGCAAAGUUAUACUAGUCAAUCAAAUCUAGUCCGUCCAUAUACAGCACCAGAGAGAUCGCAACGAUUAUCAAAUAAAAUAAUUAAUAUUCCUGGACAAGUGCCUCAAUGACAGCAUCUGUAGAUUUUAUAUUAAGUUCAAAAGGGACCAGAUACACAUGUACAUUCAUACAUUACAUCAUAAUAUAAAAUUAUAUCCAUAAAAAUGUAAGAAUUAUUGUAAAAGCAUAUAUAGCUUUUAGAUAAAUAUUUUCAACAUUGCUAUUUUAUAGCAUCGAUUAAUUAUAUAAUAUCUUUUGUAUAAAACACUUUAUACUGUUAAUUUAUUAUUUUUGAAUGUGGAGAAUAUAAAAGUUGUGCAACAUUAAUGUGUAAUAAUAAUUAAUAACAUACAUAUGUAUU